GAUUAAAAGUCGGUGACUCGGAGUGUUCAGUUCGCUGGUGUUUCUAGCCCAGUAACCGGACCAUGUGUUACACCGCCUCCUCAGUCUCCGUUCCUUGAAAGGGAAUACUUCCUCGAUUACAAGCGAGAUGCCUUUCUGCAGGGUUUCCACUGGAGGUGUGGUGAGCGACACCAAAGAUGCUCUCCGUGAUGGGCGAGUCCAAGGGGACAGACAGACCAAUCGUAGGGGUGCUCUCUCAGGAACUGGGGGAGGAGGCGAAGUCUAAGUAUCCUGGAAAAACCAGCUUCAUCCCAGCAAGCUAUGUGAAGGCGUUGGAAGCGUCUGGAGCCAGAGUGGUGCCGAUCUUAAUACAACAGUCUGAGGAUUACUACAAACACAUUAUGUCUUCUAUAAACGGAGUGGUAUUUCCUGGCGGUGGAGUCCACUUUGCAGAUCCAGACGGCUAUGCGGCAGCUGGAAAGAUAAUUAUUGAUAUUGCUGAACAGCUUCAAGAUUCAGGUGUCUCGUUCCCUAUCCUGGGCGUGUGUCAGGGUUACCAACUGCUCAUGUAUAUAGCCUCCAACAGUACGGCUGAGGAGGAGAUCCUGGUCAGCUGUGAUACCGCGAACAUAGCCCUUCCUCUGGACUUCAAGCCAGGGUUCCAGCAGAGUCGCUUGUACGAACAUGCCUCCAAGGAUAUCAUCGAUACUUUGAAGACACUUCCGGUCACCUCCAACCAUCAUGUGCUGUGUGUGACGGAGGAUAUGCUGAGGACUCAUAACCUUGAACAUUCCUGGAGAGUGCUGUCCACGAAUAAGGAUAGCCAGGGGUUGGAGUUCAUCUCGAGCAGUGAGCACUUCCAUCGACCCAUCGUCGGCCUCCAGUUCCACCCGGAGAAGAACAUGUUCGAAUGGAAACCUGGACAGGCCAACCCUCACUCCCACAAGGCCAUCCUCAGCGCCCGCCACUUCUACGACUGGGUGGUGGCGGAGAGUAGAGCCAACAACCAGAACUUCUCCAGCGUCCAGGAAGAAAUCGACAGUUUGAUGUACAACUACAGUCCCGUCUACACGGGCAGGAUAGGAGGAUACGUCGAGCAGAUUUACUACUUUUGAUUCUAAGGAAUGUGAGUGGAGGAAAGAAAUACUCUGUGUUGACUAAGUUUAUUUUGCAUUGUAACUAAGCAUUUUUUAAAGAAACUUGUUUUUCCAUGAACACCCAAGAACCAUAUAAUAGUUUUAAGGCAUAUUUUUAACACUACCAAGAAACAGCUGUGAUUUCGGUUUAAUGCCUAUUGCCAUUGAGUCGUUAGCCAUUUUUAACGUAUAUAUGAAAUAAAUUUAUUUCAACAUGUCAA